CGACAUAUUUUCAGUCAUGCAGCAGCCGACGGUGUUUGCUGAUCUAAUGGAUGUAUUAAUUGACUACGUUAAAGCAAAACACAAGGAUAUUGACGCAAUCAUUGGAUUGGACUCACGAGGGUUCCUUUUUGGACCUAUAAUAUGUUUGCAGUUGGGUAUUCCGUUUGUACCUGUGCGCAAAAAGGGCAAACUACCUGGAGACCUAAUGAGCACUACAUAUCAGCUAGAAUAUGGUUCAGACGUUUUUGAAGUUCAAAAAGAUUCGUUUAAACCAGGAGAUAAAAUUGUGAUUAUAGAUGAUCUACUAGCAACUGGAGGCACAAUGUCCGCCUCUGUGGAUCUUGUCAAGAAGAAUGGUGGAGUAGUGGAAGAGUGCAUCUGCAUUAUUGAAAUAGAUGACUUAAAAGGAAGGAACAAACUAAAAGUGCCAUUUAAGUCAUUCAUUCAGUUUUAAAGAUAUGGAAAAUCUACACUCAGUUGGACUUAAAAGGAACGAAACUAUACUGCGAGAGAAAUUGUCUUUUUCUAAAUAUGGAACAUGUUUUAAAAUACAUGUGCACAAUUAACUGUGAUACCGAAGUAAUUUUUCCAUGUGGUGUGAUAUGAGGGUGCUACUUUCUUUACUGCUUGUUACACUUUUAUAGAGCCAUGUUGUUAGUACCUAGGUUUCUAGGUAUCUGUAGCAUCUUAAGUUUCAAUAGGAAUUGAUAAUAGUAAGAAAUGGGCAAGUGAGAAUUACAAUAAAGUACACAGUAGGUUUUGCUACA